UUGGAUGUUGACUGUUGUUGUUGUUGGCUGAGAAAGCAACAAGUGCAAGCCAAGUUCUGAUGCUUUGUGAAUGAUUUCAAGCAACUUUCAGCACGACAAAUGCUGCUCCUCCCACCACCGCCGCUGCUGUCGCUUGCUUUUCGCCUUGUUCUUCUUGUUGUUGGUUCGAGUUGCGUGUUGUGUUGUUGUGAGCAGGACCAGGAGUGGUGCGACGCACUCGCCGUCAUGAGUGAGGGAAAGCCAAAGGGACCCGUGAAGGGGUCUGAGGAUAUCAUGAAGCCCAAGGCGUUUGGAACCUGCCCCAACCCCGUGCAGGAGCCGCUCAAAUGGAACUGCAACCCGGAGCUGGCCAACAAGAUCUGCGCGCACAACCGCCAUUUUGCAGAGCACGCCGGCUACUUCCAGGAGACGGGCUUCCUCAAGGAGGUGGACCGUACCAAGCCCACCACUUACUACGACCCAAUCACCAACAAGCCGUUGUUCGUUGCGCCCGUUGGCCGCACCUUUGAGGAGUUUGAGAAGGAGUCCAAGAGCCACGGGUGGCCGUCGUUUCGGGACGAUGAAGUGGACUGGGGGAACGUCCGCGUCCUGCCAGAUGGCGAGGUCGUCUCCACCGCCGGCACGCACCUCGGCCACAAUUUGCCUGACCGCAAGGGCAACCGCUACUGCAUUAACCUCGUCUGUGUUGCCGGUCGCGGGCCGAGUGAGGACGGUGCUGCCCCUUCCAGCUAAUGGCCCUGCUCGCUGUUGCUGUUGCUGCUGCAAAUAUGCCGUGUUGACAUCUGUUGGCCUGUGGUUGCUUUCUUUGCUGCAUGUUUGUUUGUGUGACUGCCCUUGUUAUUCUGUGCUGCAUGCAUGCGUGUGUGGGUAUGCGUCGGGAUGUCACGUACACGUGUCGUGUUGCGACUUGGAUAUGACUUGUGUCAUGCGAUAGUUUGCAAACACCGCCGCCGCCACCACGAAGGGGUUCCACCAUUCCCACGACUGUUGUUGACAUGUCGCUCUGCACCCAUUCGUUGUUGCUUGUUACGUUACAUUUCCAUGGUCACUCAGGCUGCAAUUACAACUCGGCACAUUCACACAACCAAACUGGCGAG